CCCGCCCGCGCUGCGCGACAUGGCGGCGCCCUGAGGCGGCCCCGGUGCCUUGGCGUCCCUCGCUGCUCGGCCUCCAUCGCUCGCUCCCUCCCUUCGCCAUGAGGAACCUGCGGCUGCUGCGGGCCGGCGGGUGCCGCUCCGCCGCCGCCAUGGGCACCCCGCAGUGCUUCUGCCUCGGCGCCGAGCCCGGCGCGGUUCUCGUGGGCUCCCAGUACGGGCUGGUGGAGCUGCGCGCCGGCGGGGACUCGGUGUCAAGAGAAGUUUCCCUGACAGUGGAUGGGUUCUUGCCUGAGGAUGGAAGUGGCUGCAUUGUGGGUGUUGAAGAUCUUCCAGAGCAGGAGAGUGUGUGUGUUGCUACAGCAGCUGGAGACAUCCUGCUGUGCAAUCUGAGCACGGAACAGGUGGAAUGUGUUGGAAGUGUGGACAGCGGUCUGAGUGUGAUGAGCUGGAGUCCUGACCAAGAACUUGUUUUGCUUGCAACAGGUCAGCAGACACUCAUCAUGAUGACAAGGGAUUUUGAACCAAUUUCUGAGAAGCAAAUCCACCAAGAUGAGUUUGGAGAAGGAAAAUUUGUUGCUCUUGGCUGGGGUAAAAAGGAGACACAGUUCCAUGGAUCAGAAGGGAAACAGGCAGCACAUCGCAAACAGACGGAAGUGUUACCAACAUCAGCCUGGGAUGAUGGCAGGCCUCGGGUGACAUGGAGAGGAGACGGGCAGUUUGUUGCAGUGAGUGCUGUCUGUCCAGAGACAGGUGCUCGGAAGGUCCGGGUGUGGAGCAGAGAGCUUGUGUUGCAGUCAACAAGUGAGCCUAUCUCAGGAUUAGAACAAGCACUGUCCUGGAAGCCCUCAGGAAACCUGAUAGCAUCUACACAAGAAAAACCCAACAGACAUGAUGUGGUUUUUUUGGAAAAGAAUGGACUUCUUCAUGGAGAGUUCACCCUCCCUUUCCAGAAAGGGCAGGUCAAAGUUAAUGAAAUGCUUUGGAAUGCAGAUUCUACAAUCCUGGCUAUAUGGCUGGAAGACCUGAAGGUGGAAAACUCCAACCCAAACACUUAUGUUCAGCUGUGGACCACAGGCAACUAUCACUGGUACUUAAAGCAAAGUCUACACUUUGGUAGCUUGGAGGAAAAUCAAGUGGUGUCACUGCUAUGGGACCGAGAGAACCUGUAUAGACUACAUAUACUCUGCCAGGGCUGGCAUUACCUCUUCUAUGACUGGCACUGGACCACAGACCAUGGGCUGGGGGAGAAUAGUCAGCAUAUGGCAAAUGUGGCUGUUAUAGAUGGAGACAAAGUGCUUGUCACAGCCUUCCAGCAUGCUGUGGUGCCUCCACCCAUGUGUACCUAUGAGCUCCAGCUGCAACAGGCAGUUAAUCAGGUUGCAUUUCACACAGAUCCCAAACAUAGUGGGGACAUGGCUGUCCUGGAUGCUGAUAACAGGAUCGCUGUGUACAGAUAUGGACAGAGUACAGUGAAUGAUCCUUCUGUCAAGUUGGGAGCUGUGGGAGGAAAUGGCUUUAAAGCAGCUGUAGAAACACCAUUCCUGGAUAAAACCUACAGAGUUGAUGUGAGCAGCAGCAGCAAUGAAGUGAUGAGUCCUCUGGGUCUCCGAUUUCUCACCUGGCUGCCAGAUGACAGCUUCCUGGUUGUUGGUCAAGGUCAGCAUGCUGCUCAGUCUGUCCUUCACCAUCUGACUGCAGUGCCUCAUGUGGCUGGAGCUGAAGAAGAGUGCCUGAAUUUACGGUUGUCAGUGCCUGUAGAUGGAGAAGUGAUCAGCCUGUACUGCAGCCCAGUGACCAAAACUGUGGCUCUGCAGCUGACUGAUAGGCGCAUCCUAAAAUACCUGUGGGAGGCUUCUACUCCAGUCCUUGAGCCCUGGCAGAGUAGCAGUAGCUCUGCUGUUCAGUUCCCCUACUGUUGUGUGCAGACUUCCAUCACAAGGAUCAGCGGUGAAGAGGUGAUCUUGGGCCUCACGGAUCGGUGCCGGUUUUUUGUUAAUGAUAUUGAGGUUGCUUCUAACAUCACAUCAUUUGCAACAUGCAAUGAGUUUUUGUUGGUGACAACCAACUCGCACACCUGUCAGUGCUUCUGUUUGAAGAACUUGUCAGUGAAGGCCCUCCAGGCUAGCCUGAGCAGUGCUGCUGCACCAAGCAGUGAGACCCUGCGGAAGGUGGAGCGAGGUUCACGUAUCGUCACCGUCGUUCCCCAGGAUACAAAGGUGGUGCUGCAGAUGCCAAGAGGAAAUCUGGAGACCAUUCACCACCGUGCUCUGGUUCUUGCCCAGAUUCGGAAGUGGCUAGACAGGCUUAUGUUCAGGGAAGCUUUUCAGUGUAUGAGGAAGCUGCGAAUCAACCUCAAUCUUCUCUAUGACCACAAUCCCAAGGCAUUUCUGGAAAACACAGAAACCUUUAUCAGGCAAAUAGAUUCUGUGAACUAUAUCAACUUGUUUUUCACAGAACUGAAAGAUGAAGAUUUCACCAAGAGCAUGUACCCUUCUCUGAAUGGUAGCAGUAACAGCCAGCCACACCAGCAUCCUGAUCAGAAAAAAGUAAACCUCAUAUGUGAUGUGAUGAGAGUUGCCAUGGAACACAUUGACCCUCAAAAAUAUUGCCUAUCAAUACUGACAGCACAUGUGAAGAAAAGUCCUCCAGAACUGGAAAUUGCUCUCCAGAAGGUUCAUGAUCUUCGAGAAAGCAUUACGCCAGAUGUCCAAGCUGUGAGUGCGGAAGAAGCACUAAAGUACCUGCUUUUCCUUGUGGAUGUCAAUGAAUUGUAUGAUUAUUCCUUGGGGACGUAUGAUUUUGAUUUGGUCGUCAUGGUGGCAGAAAAGUCUCAAAAGGACCCAAAAGAAUACUUGCCCUUCUUAAAUACCCUCCGGAAGAUGGAAACCAAUUAUCAGCGAUAUACAAUAGACAGACACUUGAAGAGAUACACAAAAGCUCUUGGCCACCUCAGCAAAUGUGGUCCUGAACACUUCUCUGAAUUUCUGAACUUGGUGAAAGAUCAGAAUCUGUAUUCGGAGGCCUUGAAGCUGUACCCCUCUAGCACUCAGGAGUACAAGGAUAUCAGUGAUGCAUAUGGGGAGUACUUGAUUCAGAAGCAGCUCUAUGAACAGGCUGCAUUGAUAUUUGCUCGUGCUGGCAUCUUUGCAAAAGCACUUGAUGCUUUUCAGAGCAGUGGAAGCUGGCAACAAGCCCUGUGCAUGGCAUCACAGCUUGGUUACACAAAGGAUAAGCUGUCCAGCCUGGCACAGAGCAUGGCAGGAAAACUAGUUGAACAGAGAAAGUAUGCAGAGGCAGCCAUACUCCUGGAGCAGUACACUCAGGACUAUGAAGAGGCUGUUCUCCUGCUCUUAGAAGGGGCUCUGUGGGAAGAGGCUUUGAGACUGAUUCACAAGUAUAGUAGACUGGAUAUCUUGGAAACCAACUUGAAACCUGCCAUUUUGGAAGCUCAGAAAAGUCAGCUGAUCUUCCUAGAUUCCCAGAAAACAGCAUUUCUUCGCCAUAAGAGUCGCCUGCAAGUGGUGCGAGAGCUGAAGGAGAGGGCCUGUGAGAACCUGCAGGAUUAUGAAGUGCCAAAUUGCCCAGAAUUGGAGCUUUUCUCUGAAACCAGCAGUGUUGUGACAGCCAGUGACAUGAACAGCAAAUAUACACACAGCAAUUCAAGAAUAUCAGCGCGAUCCUCAAAGAACCGACGCAAGGCAGAGCGUAAGAGAUACAGCCUGAAGGAGGGGAGUCCUUUUGAAGAUAUUGCCCUUCUGGAAGUCCUGGGAGAGAGUGUUCGUGCUGUUGAGACUGUGAAAGGAGAGAUACACAUCCUUCUGAAGCAGCUUGUGCUCUUUGGUUAUGAUGAGCAAGCUGGGGCACUGCAGCAAGUCCUGGAAGAGGUUUUGCAGUUGAUGGAGACCUCAGUCCCAGAAAUCUGGACUCCAGAUCUGCAGCAGAGCUCUGUCAGCCUGGUCUUGGGACCCAAUUCAACUGCAAACAGCAUUAUGGCUGCUUAUCAGCAAAAGAGGAUGAUGCCUCCUGUUGUACAAGAUGUAGAAGUACUGACUCCACCAAAAUUCAAUAAAAAUCUACAGUGGAAGCUGCAUCUUCUCCAGUAACCAGAAGCCAAAGAAUCCCUGUGGACUCUGAACUCUAACUUUUCAUAUAAUUUCAUUAUAUCUUUGCAGAAGC